AAGUGGGGAGCUAGAGAAGGCAGGGAGAGUUACGGCAGGACAGAGAAAGCAGGAAAGAUGGUGAGAAGGCAAGGAACCAUCAGGACAAGGCUCACCCCCACCCCCUUAGGUCUGCGGUGUGUUCUCCCUUGCCCGCUGCCUGAGCGAGUACUUCCUAAGGGUCCACGGUCCAGCCUGGAGUUUCAUCAGGGCCAGUCCCCGCCCCCACCCGGUGACAGGUGGGGCGGCCAGGCAGCCACCAAACCUCCGCCUCUUCGCGGAGCCUGCUGGGAGGCAGACCCGCUUCCGGUUGCGCCCUGCCCCUGAACUCCGACUCCCGUCGGCCCCCGGGCGGGGGAGGGAACCGUGGCGGGGUCGCGCAGACGCUGCCGGAACUCGUAGUUCGGUCUUCUGCCGUGCUCUGUAGCCAGAAGUGGGCGCGGACAGGGUCGGAAACUACCAAGGCGAAGGUACUGGCGGUGGGGAGGGGGGUCAGUCUGCGCCGGGCGUGGGGUUGGUGGUGAGGUAGACGGCGGUGGUUGCGUUGGAUGGGAGGAGAUCCGCUCGCACACACGAGGAGGAGGAGGAGAAGGAGGAGGAGGAGGGUUGAGCUCCCGCUGCUGCUGCCACCGCCGCCUACUGUCGUCGCGAGUGCUGAGUUCGUACUGGAGCUGCUGCUGCGGCGACGCCGGAGGUUUUGUCGCUAGGCUCCGGCCCUUCCGUCUCGCCGCCUUCCCGGGUCAGCGCGGCCAGCUCCUCCCCGGCCGGACGCCCCCGCCUCCAUUUCCCGCCCUCUCUUCACCACACACACGGCCCCCCCAUCAUGGAUCCCGGCAGCGGCGGCGGCGGCGGCGGCGGGAGCAGCUGCGGGAGCAGUAGUAGCGACUCGGCGCCCGACUGCUGGGACCAGGCGGACAUGGACGCUCCUGGGCCAGGUCCUUGCGGCGGCGGCGGCUCGGCGGUGGCGGCCGAGGCCCAGCGUGAGCACCUCAGCGCGGCCUUCAGCCGGCAACUCAACGUCAACGCCAAGCCCUUCGUGCCCAACGUCCACGCCGCCGAGUUCGUGCCGUCCUUCCUGCGCAGCUCGGCCCAGCCACCGCCACCCGCAGCUGGCGCCACGGGCGACGACAACCAUGGAGCGGGCAGCGGCGCGGGAGGCCCCUCGGUGUCUGUGGAAUCCUCUGAAGAGCAAGAGUUACUGUGUGAAGGUAAAGGUUCAAAUUCGGCUGUUAGCAUGGAACUUUCAGAACCUGUUGUAGAAAAUGGAGAGACAGAAAUGUCCCCAGAAGAAUCAUGGGAGCACAAAGAAGAAAUCAGUGAAGCAGAGCCGGGGGGUGGUUCCAUGGGAGAUGGAAGGCCACCUGAGGACAGUGCCCAAGAAAUGAUGGAGGAGGAAGAGGAAAUGCCUAAACCUAAAGCUGUGGCUGCACCACCAGGUGCUCCUAAGAAAGAACAUGUAAAUGUAGUAUUCAUUGGGCAUGUAGAUGCGGGCAAGUCAACCAUUGGAGGACAAAUAAUGUAUUUGACUGGAAUGGUUGACAAAAGGACACUUGAAAAAUAUGAAAGAGAAGCUAAAGAAAAAAACAGAGAAACCUGGUACUUGUCUUGGGCUUUAGAUACAAAUCAGGAAGAACGAGACAAGGGUAAAACAGUAGAAGUUGGUCGUGCCUAUUUUGAAACAGAAAAAAAGCAUUUCACAAUUCUGGAUGCUCCUGGCCAUAAGAGUUUUGUUCCAAAUAUGAUUGGUGGUGCCUCUCAAGCUGAUUUGGCUGUGUUGGUAAUCUCGGCCAGGAAAGGAGAGUUUGAAACUGGAUUUGAAAAAGGAGGACAAACCAGAGAACAUGCAAUGUUGGCAAAGACAGCAGGUGUAAAACACUUAAUUGUGCUUAUUAAUAAGAUGGAUGAUCCCACAGUAAAUUGGAGCAAUGAGAGGUAUGAAGAAUGUAAAGAGAAGCUAGUGCCAUUUUUGAAAAAGGUUGGCUUCAAUCCCAAAAAGGAUAUUCAUUUUAUGCCCUGCUCAGGACUGACUGGAGCAAAUCUCAAAGAGCAGUCAGAUUUCUGUCCUUGGUACAUUGGAUUACCAUUUAUUCCAUAUCUGGAUAACUUGCCAAACUUCAAUAGAUCAGUUGAUGGACCAGUCAGGCUGCCAAUUGUGGAUAAGUACAAGGAUAUGGGCACUGUGGUCCUGGGAAAGCUGGAAUCAGGAUCUAUUUGUAAAGGCCAGCAGCUUGUAAUGAUGCCAAACAAGCACAACGUGGAAGUUCUUGGAAUCCUUUCUGAUGAUGUAGAAACAGAUUCUGUAGCCCCAGGUGAAAACCUCAAAAUCAGGCUGAAAGGAAUUGAAGAAGAAGAGAUUCUUCCAGGAUUCAUACUUUGUGAUCCUAAUAACCUCUGUCAUUCUGGACGCACAUUUGAUGCCCAGAUAGUGAUUAUAGAGUACAAAUCCAUCAUCUGCCCAGGAUAUAAUGCGGUGCUGCAUAUUCAUACCUGUAUUGAGGAAGUCGAAAUAAAAACCUUUAUCUGCUUGGUAGACAAAAAAUCAGGAGAAAAAAGUAAGACUCGACCCCGUUUCGUGAAACAGGAUCAAGUAUGCAUUGCUCGUUUAAAGACAGCAGGAACUAUCUGCCUUGAAACCUUUAAAGACUUCCCUCAGAUGGGUCGCUUUACCUUAAGAGAUGAGGGUAAGACCAUUGCAAUUGGAAAAGUUCUGAAACUGGUUCCAGAGAAAGACUAAGCAUUUUCUCGAUGACCCUGCACAAUACUGUGAGGAAAAUUGACUGCAAAAGCCUACUUCACACCGCCUUCUUAUUUUCUGCCCAUUUAUAAACUUCUUCCCCAUAUUUUGCAAAAGAGAAAAUUCAUAGCAAAAGUCCACAUUAUGUCAGCUUUCUCAUAUUGAGAGCUCUGCUAUGCCACUGUUGAGUUUUUCCGAAGAUGAACCCCCCACCCCCACCCUACCCCACCCCAACUGCUUCCUUGGACAGAUAUGGCAAUAGCUUUGUAAGUGAUGUGGACAUAAUUGCCUACAAUAAUGAAAACCUAUAGAAAUUUUUUUUUUAAUUUUUCAUUUCUCAUUAGGCAUAGUCUUUUUUUCCCCAGGCAGAUCAUUCUGAGUGUGCGAGUGUGUGUGCACAUGUUACAGACAACUACCAUGUUAAUAAAAUAUUCAAUUUGAACCCCUUUUUGGUAUUUGAAUUGCUUUUGAAUAAUGUUUUUUAUCUGGAUGUAACAUUGUUGCAUUAGCUUUUUAACUUUCCCAAGUAAUUAAAUACAUUUUAUUACUUGGGCUUUUCUAAACUCUUUCCCUAUUCACUACUUUAAAUGAGGCAUUUACAAUGUUCAGGUUUGUACUAAAAGAAAGAAAUAGUGUGAUCCCCUUCUUUUGAAUGGUUCAUGCAUACACAGUUAAAUACCUUUGUGCAACUGUGACACUGCUGUACUCACUAGGUCUGUCAGUUAUUUUCUGCCAAUAUUUUAACAUAGUAUGUUAAGCACAGUAGACUGUGUUAAAAAAAAAAAAAAAAACAGGACAAAAUAUUCUUUUCUAUAAGGAAAGCUUAAUGAAAUUGUACCCCCUACAGAAAAUUCCAUUAACUGGUUUUAAAUUAGUGGAAUUUUACAAUAAAGCAUGUUGAGACUUGGCAAAAAUGCCUCUUAGUGCUUAGAAGAGCUACAUGUAUCUAGUAUGGAAACUGUACAAGUACCAGUUAUACAAGUUACUUUGUUUCAGUAACUUUAAAGGUUGGAAGGUCCUUGAUGGUUAAAUCCAGUGUUAGUCCAGCAACUCAUUGAACACGUAUGAAGAAUCAGCAAAAUCUGCACAGACCAAAAUUAACAGUGAUAGAGUCAAGCACAGUAUAAGUUUUAAUCUCAAUUAUUUGAAAUUAAGCUUUUUCUUUAUUAAGUAUAAAGCUGAAACAUGGUAUGAUUUGUAUGAACCACAGAGAAGCAUUGUGAUGGUUCUUAGAGUAAAGGCAACUUUCUGUUACAACCAUGGUGACUGAAGUUUUGUGAGAAUGAAUUGGAAAUGGAAGAGACCAUUUCUAGGUUUAUCAGAAGUCUCCAUAUUGAGUGAGUGUUGCCAUGUGUGAAAUACUUGGCCUCUUGUACAUUGUGAUUUAUCUCUAAAGAAGAUACUUUGUAAUUGUGUGUUUAAUAACAUGACCCUUUCUCUGUAACCUUUUUCCUCAGAAAACAAAAGCCUAGUCACUAUUUCCAGUCACAAAAUAUAAAUCUGACAGUGUCUUAACUGUGGAAUUCCCAUUCAUGAAAUGAAUGAGCCUACAUCUUAUGGACAGGACAAAGUUAAGUUACUUUAUACAGCUUCUUACAACUAUAUUUAUUGCUAUUAAACUGCAUGAAAUUUAAGUUUUAUGUCUGAAAUUUUCUGGGCUUUUAUUUUUCUGGGAAAUACAGGAGCUCUAGUUAGAACGUAAUUUUUUUGUACUUCCAUGUUGAUGAGUAAUACUACCAAUUGCUUGGAUUUUAAUGAACCUUUAGAAGUUCACAAGUCACUAAAAUUAUUUCCAAAGAUAAUUUCCCUUUUAAAAUUGAACAUUUUUAAAAAUACAGUUGUGUUUGCUAUUAAUGCACACCUAGACUAUUAUGUGCAUUUUGCCAAGACUCUCAGUAAAAGGAGUUGAGCAGCAACUGUGAAGGGCCUACCUCUGCAAAAAAAUAAAUGUAAUUUUUAAAAAACUCAUUGGACUCAACAUAUUUGCAAUAUUAAUACUGUACAUUUUAUGGGCUUUGAAAUUCUUCACAAAUUAUUCACCACUUAAAGUUGGUGUAUUUUAAACUUGUGCUAUACUUGCUAGUCAUUUGAUUAAGGAGAUAAAAUAACUGAAAUGAACUUGGAGUGUGUGCAGAUGUUUGUUGGAUCUUUAAAGAGCAAUACAAAUUACUGUUCUUUCAUUCUGUCUUCUGCAAGUGCAAACUGUUCAUACGGUUGACAAUGCAGAAUAAGGCAAUUGGUUGCAUAUUUAGCAUAUUAUAAACCUAAAAUUUUUUUCUGUAUUUAGCAUAGAUACAUUAGAACCAUAAUUUUAUUUGCAUCUUUUUAUAUUAAUGAUCUUUAUACAACUUUCAUGCUAGAUUAUUUAAUUAUAAUAUUUUAAAUUAAUGAACUGAAUUUUAAAAGAUAUCAUUGAAAUAAACAUCUAAGUAAUUGCCAUAUUAAACUCUUUAUUUCUUAUUGUGGAAGAAGGGAAAAUAUAUUUGUUUAUAAUUUGCAAAAAGAAUUUAUCCAGUGAAAAUCUUUGUAAAAUUGAACCAAGCAAUGAACUGAGUGUAUAUCAUCAUGAAAUUAACUGACAAAUAGUAAAGUGUUCUUGAAUAAUUAAAUCCAUGUAUAUUGCUUUGAAUUUAAAGUCUUGAAAUGUGGUAACUGAAUGUAAUAACUUAGUAAACUGUAAAAGUACAGGUUAGUAACUGUAACGAGGUAAUUCAUACUUGUCUGCUAGUUACGAGAACUAUAAGAAUUGCUUUUAUAUGCAACUUUGGAAGUGAAUUGUUGAAGAAUUACUGGAAUCCUCAGUUGAACCACUUUUGGAUCAUACUUAAAAACCAGAUGCAGUUUCGCAACCUAUGAGAAAGUUGAAUCUGUGGGCAAAAACUACUCCCAUGAUGAACUUUUGGGAUAAAAACAAAACAAAACAGUUACCCUCCCCUGGCAAUCUUCAGGAACAUAGUAAUUACUUUGUGAUCUUGGAUGACUAUUUACACGUGACAGCACUCUAGCACCUUUCCUUUUUGGCAUGGACUUGUUCAUGGACUGCUGCUUCAUGGAUGAUAACUUCAUUGCUUUGGGUAGAGACUAAAGGUAUUCAAGGGACAACUGCCCAGUAUUUAUUUAUAGCUCUUAACACUAGGCAACUUUCAACCUUUAAAUCCUUUGUGAAAAUUGUGGUUACAGCACUAUAGCUCUGAGUUUAGAAUGAUUAAAUGUUAUAUUCAGUGUUGGCCUACCUUAUUAGAAUAAACUGCAAUUAAUCCUCUCACAGACAUGUAAGGUAGAUAGAUAGCAGUCAACUGGAUUUGGAAGACUAUCUGUCUCCAAAUGCUGCCUUUAUUUCCUCCAACUAAUUUUUCAGUGAUUCUAGCACAUGCUAUCUAAUAUAUUCAUAAUCUUUUCCUUAAAGAUCUUGCCAUGGUAGCAGCCUGUUAAAUAAAUGUAAUUAUGUAUGCACAACUUAAAAGACUUACUAGGUUUAAGUUUAGCAGUUUGUUACUUUAGAUUUCAUAGUAAGUGGGUUUUUUUCAUAAAUAAUCAGUUCCAUUUGAACCAAUUUAUUGCCAGAGUUCAGAUAGGAUAAAUCUGGUUCACCUUUUUGGUUCUAGGAUAUUCUUGAUUCUCAGUAUCCUAGGACUGAGUCUUCCCUUUAAUAAAUAUAUUGUACUUCUCACAUACCUCUAAUUCUUUGCUUCCUUGAAACAGUAGUAUGCUAGCUGAAUCGUUUACAAAGGAUUAUUACAAAGGCCUGGAGGUGUAGGAGUAGAAAGAAAACUUUUUAUGUUCUCCAGUGCAAGAAAAGUAGACAGGCACUAAGUCUGAUUAGGCAGAAAACACAAGGAUUUCUUAAAGCAAACCCUGAAAUGGUAGUCUUUUCUGCCUUGUCAUACACUGUUGUGCCCUUUAAAAAAUUUAACAUGGAAAAUUCAGGUUUGUGGACAGCACAGAUGAAUGACAUUUUGUGCUUCCUGAGGCUCCCCUCUGCCAGGCACUUAGAUUAGUAUGUUAGAUGUCAGUCUAAGCCCUUGCUACCUCCUUUCCUGCUUCCCAGGGAAGAGUGUUUGUGCUGGAGCUGGAGCUCUGGUGCUCCUCAGGUGACCGUCCUCGCCUCCAUUUCCUCCACAUGCAUUAGGUGAAACUAAGGCUUUAGCCUCAAGGUCUGCAUUUUAGGGACUCGAACACUGGGCUUUCAGAAAUGUACACAAUUGCUUAGCUGCUUUUUCUUUUGAAGGAUACAUGGAUAUUUUUCAGGCAAGAAUUUAAUGACUAGUUUUUACCACAUAGCCAGUUAAUACCUAGAUCUCAAUUUUUAAAAAACAAGGAUUGAAAGGGAUCUUGCUAAGUUUGUUGAGUCUUUUAAACCUAAUUCCAAAGCAUUUAAGAGUAAUCUAUCUAGGUAAGAAAGAAACCUUUUUCUUAUGAUUUGUAGCUACCUACUGUGCCUGACUUAGUGCCUGUGUGAGGAUUAAGCCCUUAGUCUGCUCUUGCAAUUCAAAUGACUGAAGUUAAAAUUUUUUUGCUUUUAUAAUAAAAAUUGUCAUCUUCCCUUUUGA